CGCCCUAGUGACCGCCCACAGGCUGUCGCGGGCGGUUAGGUCCGGCGGGAACCCUUCAUUCACUGGCCCGCCUACUAUGACGAUCACCUACAGCUGCAUUGCGAAUGGCCGAGUGGUCCUUGCGGAUCUGGCCUUGACCGGUGGCUCCUAUCAGGAAACAGCAGCAACAGUGCUUAGACUAGUGCUUCUUAGAGCUGAACCAAAGACCAUAAUUCAAAUGGGAAGCUUUAUCUAUCAUAGUCUCUUUAUCGAUGGAAUCACUUACCUAUGUGCCUCAGAUAAUGCCUUGGAUACUGUAACACCAUCUGCAUUUCUUAAAAGUGUUAGUGAUACUUUUCUGAGAAAUCCUUUGAAGUCACAAGAUCCGUUUUUUCCUUCAAAUGCAGUUGCAGAUUUUCAACAAGUAUUAGGAAAGUAUAUGCUGCAUCAGGGAUGCAGCUUUUUGCUGGCUGUUGGCUGGAGGACACCUACAGGUCCUUGAGACUGAUAGCAGUUCCUUCCCACCCAAGAUGAAAUACAAUAAAAAUCAAGAUGACAGCUCGAUAUCCACACUGAGGAGUCAAGUAACUGAUGUAAAAAAUGUUAUGUCCCAAAAUAUUGAUAAAAUGUUGGAAAGCGAAGAACGAUUGAAUAUCUUCACCGACAGAACAGGCGAUCUCCAAACAACUGUGAGUGAUGCACACCUGUCUUGGUAUCCAAACAGUAAUCUAAACCAUAGGAUUAAUGCCCUUGAGACAAAUCACCAAAAGCAAAAACAUACCGUGGGUACUAUGAGAUAAUCCUAUGUCAUCACACUAUAGCUUUAUCAAAAAAUUAUUGGAAUACAACUAAAAUAUUUUUUUAAAUUGUAAAACAAUCCAAAUUUUUAAAAAAACAUUUAAGUAGAAGAUGAUUAUUUGCAUAACAGAAGGAUUUAUUACAUUAAGAAACAGAUUAGUCAACAAAUAAAUUGCAAGAGAAAAAAGAGAAAGAGAACUUACCAAAAAAAAUGGACUUAGAAGGUAUAACAGUUAAAUGUGUGGUCCUUAAUAGAUUUUGAUUCAAACAAAUUUACAACUUCAUGAGACAAUUAAAUAUUUUAACUCUGGCAGGAUAGUAGAUGACAUUAAGAAAUAUUAACUUUUUAGGUGUGGUCAUGGUAUUGUAGUUAUGUUUUUAAAGUAGCCAUUAUUUGUUAGAGAUACACACUAAAAUAUGAAUAAAAUUAUGUAACAUCUGAGGUAUUUGCUUCAGAAUAGUUCAAGAGUAGGGGAGAAGAAUGGGGUAUAAAUAAAACAAAAUUGGCCAUAGAUUGAUGAUUGUUAAAACUGGAUGUUGAGUAUAUAAGGCUCAUUUUACUGUUCUGUCACCUUUUAUGUGUGUUAAAAAUUCUCUAUUAGAAAAUAGUUUUAAAGCAAUCACUAAGGAUUGAUUAGUUCCCUUAGAGCAUUUUAAAAUUUACUUUUACAGAUCUUUUCUAGAAACAGCCACAAUGUAAAGCAAAGUAUACACACUUUACUCACCAAGUUCUAUUGAUUCUACCUCCUAAAUCAUUUUUGGUCUUAGCCUCAUUUUUUCACUUUUAAAAUCAAUUUAUUGAGGGAUUAAGAAGUAAAAAUUGGCAGUUACAAAGGGUUGUAAAAGGAAUUAGUCAGUAAUACUGUAAUAACUAUGUAUGAUGUCAGAUGGGUAUUAGACUCAUUGGGGUGAUUAACUUUGUAAGGUAUAGAAAUGUCUAACCACUAAGCUGUACAACUAAAACUAAUAUAAUAUUGAAUGUCAACUGUAGUUGAAAGACAAAACAAAAAUCUAUUAGGUUAUUAUUUAUAUAUAAUAAAUAACAUUCACCCACUUUAAGUAUGAGUUUGAUGAGUUGUGGUAAUUGUCUUCAGUUGUGUAACCACAUUCAAAUGAUAGAAUAGCUCUUUCAUCCUAAAAUCUUCCUCGUGCUCUUUGCAGUUGACUCUCUCCCCACCCCUAACCCCAGCCAACCAUUGAUUUGCUUUCUCUCACUGUAGUGUUGCCUUUUAUAGAACUUCAGAUAAAUAGAAUUAUAUAAUAGUCUUCUAUAUUUGACUUCUUUCACUUAGUGUAAUGUUUUUGAUAGUAACUCAUUUUGUUGCAUGUGUUAAUAUUUUAUUCCUUUUCGUUGCUGAAUAUUAUUCCAUGGAAUGGCUAAAUCUCUUUUAAAUCUACUUUCUGCCCAUCCCAGUGCCACUCACUCUCUCACUCCAAGAUCUGUUAUCUCUUGUCUGACUAUGGUAAUCCCUGAAUUUAAUUGUUCUCCCUAUUUCUGGUUCUCCUCCACUCCAGUCAUCCUCCAUACUGACACUAGAAUAUUUAUUUAAAUGGAAGUAUGAGCAUUUUCUAUAGCCUUCUUAAAACAUUCUGGUGGUACAGCUUUGUCCUCGCAGGGUAGAGUCCAACCUCUUUAAUAUAAAGAGCUUUAUUCUGACUAUAUUGCCAGUCAUAUGACCCAGAUAUGCAGUUUAUAAAUCUCAGUAAGAAAUUGUUUGUAGUUUGCAAAAUACAUGUUACAUUAUUUCACACCUUUACAGACACUGUUCCCUCUCUUUUUCCUUGCCCUGGAAAACUUGCACUCACCCAUCAAAACCCAACUCAAGACUCCUCACCAGGCUGUGUUUAUCAUUCACCAAAUAUCUGUUGAAGAUCUACUGUCUGCCAGGCAUUAUCUAGGAUUACAGUUGUACUUUAUGAGUUACAGCACGAGUUCAGAUAAUCCUGUUCAAGCCAUUUAAAUUCAUUCAAUAUUCAUUAAUAAACAUUCCAUAGAGCCUAUUAUGUACAAGAUAUUAUGCUGGUCAUUUUCAGGAGUAAAAGAAUAAAAUAAGACACACAGUUUAAUCUACUGCAGGAGACAGAUUUAUAUAAACCUAACUGCAAUAUAAAGUAUGUAUUAGUGUCAUAAUAGAUGGAUAAAGCAUAACAGCCAAACAGUGGAGAACUGAUAGUAUCUACAGUCUUACAGAGCAUUUUGAAAUUGCAGUCAUAAAAUUCCACAAUUAAUAUUACCUCAUUCUGUUAUAUUAGAAAGCAUGUAUGAUAUUUAAAUACUGUGUGUCUCAGAGCCCAUAGUUAGGAAUCCCAAGAAAAUUAAACUAUUUUAUUAUGAAAUAUUUAUUGCAAGCAUGUAAAAAAGUUUUUAGAAUAGUUAAUAGCAUUGUAAUCAUCAACCUGCUUUAUCUGGUCUUAAUAUUUUGCCACAUCUGACUUGGCCUUUGUUUUUUAAAGAAGUAAAAUUAUAAAUACAAUUAAAGUCCUCUGUGCACCUUUCCCAAGCCCAUUCCACUCCCUCACCAAAACCACUAUUGUGAAUUUGAUAUGAAUCAUUUGUAUGCAUUUUUUUAUUCCUCUGCUAUAUAUGUAUAGUUAAAUAUGUAUCUAUUAUUGGUUUGCAUUUUUAACUUUAUGACAUUAUAAUUAAUGUACAUAUCCUUCUGUGACCUGAGUUUUUAAUUCAACAUUGUUUUUGAAAUGUAUUCAUUUUGAUACACUU